AUGCUUGAGCCAAGGGAAACCGAUAUACCUGUUCUUCUUCUUUUCUUGGUUGUGCUUCCCUUGGUUACAUACUUCUUACUAGGAAAAUGGAAUGAAUCUGCAAAAAACAAAGAGAGGAUAAAUUUGAUAGCUCAAAGAACUGUUGAAGAAGCUCUUGUCGUAGAAGACAUGUCUUCUGCCAGUGGUAUCCCUCUGGUGCCUUUGCCAAAUAUUGGAAGUAAUCAGUGUGCGAGAUGCUCUGGUCCAGCUACAACUCGGUGUGCCCGAUGCAAGUCUGCUCGAUAUUGUUCUGGGAGGUGUCAGAUUAUCCAUUGGAGGCAAGUUCACAAGCUUGAGUGUCAGCAAUUGGGAAACAGCUGCAGCAGUUCAUCUCCCAAGUCUGCUAUGAGUGAAGAAUUCACUGGAAAAGCCUUGCUUGAUGAAACCAUUGAUUUAAAAUUAUUUGAAUACAGGCAGCAGCCUACGCUUGAGAAUACAUCUUCAGAUAAUGUUAUUAAUCAUCAUUUAAGCAUACAGGCUUCAACUACUUCUGAUUUGAUAACAAAUGCAUCUGGAUUACCCAUCAUAAAUAGAAGAUCUGUAGACAAGGGUACCUAUCUUAAAAGCUACAAUGACAUGUCAAGGGAAGCAGAUGGAGCCAUAUUAGAGUGUCAUGACCCAGCUUUUAGUAAUGAUGUUAUCUGUUCCACCUUGUUGUAUAAUAGCCCAAAGAAGAAAGCUUCUACUAGACAUAAGCAAAGAGGUGACCCUGUUCUCACAGAGAAUCACGGCAACAUAUCUGGUCCACUCAAGGAUGCACAUGCGCAUUCAGAAUGUGCUGUACGGGAAAGAGUUAUAAAGGAAAUGCAAAGUCAUCACCCAUUUGAAUACGGAUGCAAUUGUAGUCGUUCAAACUCAUCAAUUGUGUGCAGCAAUCGGACAAAUUCACGGGACAAUCAAGUGAACUUGAUUGAUGCAGAAAACUUACCUAGGAAAGGAAUUACUUCUAACAAUGAAGCACCAGGCUUAAACCACUCUUCUGAGAGGACUUCAAUGAAAAGGAGCAGUAAGUGCAGAAAUUCAUUGCAUGCUCAAGGAACUAAACUGCAUAAAUCACCAAAAUCAGGGGCAAAAACAUCUAGAGGGCAGUCUUUCUCAUAUUUGGAUAUCAAAGGUCACAUUGCUGACAAAUCAACACUUGCUAGAAUAAAGGAUAAUGGCUCUUUACUGGGAAGCAAUGGGGAUGCAAGCCUAGGAAUUACGAGGGUGGUUGGUUUAGCGAAGUCACCAAGACCUGAGCAACAGGAACAAUUGGAAGAAAAUGUUGAGAGGCAUAAGAAAGUGAAGAUGCUAUUUCCUUAUGAAGAAUUUGUGAGGUGCUAUCAUUAUGAAGUUCUCAACCUGUCACCUAGAGGACUUGUAAAUUGUGGGAACAGUUGUUAUGCCAAUGCCGUGCUGCAAUGUCUGGUGUGCACAAAGCCUCUGACUGUUUAUCUGCUUCGUAGAUCACAUUCUAGAACUUGCUGUGCAAGAGAUUGGUGCCUCCUGUGUGAGCUUGAGCAACAUGCGAUGAUGUUGAGAGAAAGUGGGGGUCCUUUGUCUUCUAACAGAAUUCUUGUGCAUAUGAGGAGUAUUAGUUGCCAGCUAGGUGAUGGAAGUCAGGAAGAUGCUCAUGAGUUUUUAAGGCUUCUUGUUACCUCAAUGCAAUCUAUAUGCUUGGAGUCCUUGGGAGGAGAGAAUGUGGUUGAUCCCUGGCUGCAGGAUACAACCUUUAUACAGCAUACUUUUGGGGGACGCCUUAUGUCAAAGGUUAAAUGUUUGAGAUGUCAUCACGAAUCAGUGCGAUAUGAAAACAUAAUGGAUCUUUCACUAGAGAUAUUUGGUUGGGUUGAAUCUCUGGAAGAUGCAUUGACACAAUUUACAAGUCCAGAAGAUCUUGACGGGGAAAAUAUGUAUAGAUGUGGAAGAUGUGCUGCAUAUGUUCGAGCAAGGAAGCAAUUGAGAAUUCAAGAGGCUCCAAACAUCUUGACUAUUAUUUUGAAGAGAUUUCAGGAGGGAAAUUAUGGCAAGAUUAAUAAAUGCAUCACUUUUCCUGAAAUGCUGGAUAUGAUCCCAUUUAUGACACGGACAGAUGACAUACCUCCACUUUACAUGCUUUAUGGGGUAGUUGUGCAUUUGGAUACAUUAAAUGCAUCUUUUUCUGGACAUUAUAUCUCCUAUGUCAAAGAUCUACAAGGCAAUUGGUUCAGGAUUGAUGAUGCGGAGGUCCAGCCAGCAAAAAUGACGCAGGUGAUGUUGGAAGGAGCUUAUAUUUUAUUCUACAUGAGGUCGUCCCCCCGACCUACUAAAGCUUGCACAAGGAAAAUCACCAGAUAUGAAACUCCUGGGCUUCGAAAGCACUGGCCUUCAAAACCCCAAAAGUCUUCGGUGCGAGAACAAAGUGAAGUAAGUUACAAUUUUAUCUGCUCAGAACCUUAUCUAGUUUGGAGGUCCGACCCAAACUGCGGUGGAAUUCUUAGGAGAGAAAAUAGAAAUGGAGGAGCUCCAAUUGUAGAAACUUAUGUGAAGGAGUUCUCAGAUGCUACAUCAACUGACUGGUUGCUUUUUACAAGCUCAGAUGAUGCAUCUUUUACUACUGAUAGCACCAGAGACUCUUUUAGUACUGUUGAUACUUUUGAUGCAAGCAAUGUGGAUCCAAUCCCUUCCAUCUUCAAUUCUUUGUAUUCUUCUCAAAGAAGGGUUUCGUGUAGCAUAUUUCCCGGAAGUAAACCCGGUACAAGAUUUGUUUCGGAAAGGAGGGGCUAUAUUUUGGAUUCUCAUCCACCUGCGAGGAGAGACGACGGUGGAAAGCAUGGCAGUGUUAAUUGUGGAGCACAUGUAAAAUAUGGGAAAGGAAAGGGUCCUCAAACUUGUUCUCUUAAUUGUAAAAUAUAA